UAAACCAUUGAAACUACCAUAACUAAAUUCGCUUAGGACAAAUCCUAUAAGAACCCUUGCCGACAGUGUGAAAAUGGAUGAAAUCGAAUUAUAUCCCCGCCCUCUCUUAAAGCGCAAUAAGUCAAUAACAAAAUGCAGAGACAUAAAAUUUUACACCCAGGAUGAUACACGAGGGCUUUAUAGGAGCCGGGUUAAAAUUGGACUAUGAGCGUGGCACCACCCACAUAUAGGUGAAUCACAUAUCUCCGGACCUACUAUACCAAUGGCAAUGUUAAAUAUCUGAAUAUAUUUCUGACAGUAAUAAAGUUUAUGUAAAAUUCAUUGAAAGCGGCCAACUCUCUAUACAUUACUUACGUUUACUGCAAAACUCUUGCCUGCAUGGACACCCCGUCCUUUUGCGUAACUUCAUCCGUUCCAAUAAAACAAAGACAUCCAAACACAUGUACAAGUAUUUUUACGUUUGGCACACACAUCCAUACAUAAACACAAAUGAACUCAUAUUUGAUAUGACUAUUUAGUUACAAGCUGUAUCGCUGAAAGCCUGCGCAGAAACAUAUACAUAUAUGUAUAUAAGCAUAUAUAUCAUACUUGUAUACAUAUGUGUAACUACAUAACAUAUUUCAUGUAGUGGUGGAGUACCUAUGUAUAUACAUAUAUUUGCACACGACGGAUAUGCCGGCACGUCGGUGUUGUCAUGAAUGGGUGGCAUGUCGCAAGAUCGGCGCAAACAUAAUGCGCCAACCAAUGGUCUGGCACAAUCGGUGUAGCCGAGCGCACAUCUUGUAUCUGGUGUGCAUGUACUUAUGAAAAGCUGAUCGUGAAUAAAGCUUAUCAUUUACUGGCACAGUGAGUGCUCUAUCUCCUCCAACAAUCCGUGUGAGCUGUGCCUCUCACACAUAUUAUGCUGUCAAUACCGUGCGCACACACACACACAUGAGCAGAAUUAUCGUACAUAUACCGUAUUUAGCAUACGACGUGAUUGAGUAUGAGGGAUCUUGGUUGGCGGGCAGCUAGUGAACGUUUGCCGUUGGCUGGAAGUUAUACUAUAAUUAGUCGAGUGUUGCCUUCUAAAGUAAGUGGCUGCUUCUAGUUCUGGUGCGCCACUGGCACUUUGUGUCUUCAUUUGUCGUACAUUUAUUCUUUCUUGUGUUUUGUUUCUUCAUUUGUGGUUGUUUGUGUUGCUGUUGGUGUUAGUGUUUGCUGCGUUUGCGGGAAUUAUGCUCGUCUAGCUGCGUCGGCAAUUCGAGCAUUCAGUCCGCUCCAGACGAUCCAUAGUGUUAGAUCGCUUUAGGAAGCCCGUCGUACCCGCACAACGCGCCAGGGUUGAUGGGGUUUGAGGCAGAAUAAAUUCGCCUUAUUUUAAUUUUGAAUAUUUUCGUGUUUCCUAUUCCGUUCGUUAUGUAGUUAAACGAAAAAAAAGAAGAUUAGUUAAACAAAUGAAUAUUUAAUAAACGAUAAAAAAAUACGUGGACUUUUUUAUAUUUAGUUGUUUUUUACUUCAUUAUUACUUUUAAUUAAAUCUACGAACUGAACUAAGUGGCAACAAUUAAAAAGCUGUUCACUAUUUAAUUUAAAAAGUUGGAUAAAGUGAGAAAGGAGCGCUUGCAUUGAGCGUUGGGCAUGAUGGUGCCCCACUGGAAGCGGCUUAUUUUUGCCGCUACGAUAGCAGGAGCGUUACUAGGCGCGAAUGCGCAAUUUUGGAAAACUGCCGCCGAUACUGGUGCAAUUUAUAGUCCACCAAAACAUUAUAGAGAUGAAUCGUUGCCUCCCCGUACACCGAUUGAUGAUAGUUAUGCGAUAUUAGAUACUGUAGGAACAAAUCGAAAUGGACCACCAAGAAAUUGUACAUCCGGCACAGUGGGUUGCAUUCCGAAAUGUUUUGCUGAAAAGGGUAAUCGCGGUUUCCCCGGUGAAGCCGGCCCGGCCGGCCCUAAAGGUAUGUCUGGAUAUCCAGGACCUGAAGGCCCGCCUGGCGAUAAAGGACAAAAAGGCGAUCCCGGUCCAAUAGGUCCACGCGGUUACAAGGGUGAACGCGGAGUACCCGGUAUUCCUGGUAUGCCUGGUGUACCUGGUGUACAGGGUAUUUCUGGAAACCCCGGUGCUACUGGUGCUCCUGGUAAAGAUGGUUGUGAUGGUGAAGAUGGACUUACUGGUCUGCCAGGUCUUAGCGGAAUGCCUGGUCCACGCGGUUAUCCAGGUCAGCCAGGUGUUAAGGGUGAGAAAGGUGAGCCGGCAAAAGAAAAUGGAGAUUACGCUAAAGGUGAAAAGGGAGAACCUGGUUUUGCUGGUCGCUCGGGUAAUCCUGGUCCCGAAGGUCAACAGGGUCCUAAAGGUGAUCGUGGUGAUACUGGUCCAUAUGGUCCAUCAGGUCCACGUGGUGAUCGAGGUAUAAAAGGUGACAAAGGUGCACCAUGUUUUGCACCACCACAGCCCGGUAAAAAGGGUGAUAAAGGUGAAAAGGGUGAACCAGCUUCUGUGAAACCUUCAACCGGAGAGAAAAGCAUUACAGGUGAAAAGGGAGAAAGAGGUGAAAAAGGUGAACCAGGCUCAUCUGGCAUGAAAGGUGAAACCGGAUUAAAAGGAGACAUGGGACGAGACGGUGUGAAAGGUGAAAAGGGUUUACCUGGCGGUCCUGGUGACAGAGGACGGCAAGGAAAUUUUGGCCCUCCCGGUCCAGCAGGCCAGAAAGGUGAUCGCGGUGAUACUGGUUUAAACGGUUUGCCUGGAAAACCUGGUUACAAAGGUGAGCCCGGGCGUCCUGGAAAGCCUGGUGAACGUGGAUUGCUUGGUCCUCCAGGUCCUCCUGGUGGUGGCCGAGGCUCCCCAGGGGCACCAGGUCCUAAAGGUCCCCGAGGUUAUACAGGUGCCCCCGGCCCUAAAGGCUUGGAUGGUGUUGAUGGCCUUCCAGGGCCACAAGGUUAUUCUGGCCCCAAGGGCGGCCUAGGUUUACCUGGUCGUCCUGGUGUUGAAGGUCCUCCUGGAGAGAAAGGAGAAAAAGGUAAUGCUGGUCGAACAGGUCCUUCAGGUCCAGUUGGUCCUAUGGGCCAUACUGGUCCACCAGGACCGGAAGGUCAAAAAGGUGAACCCGGUUUUCCUGGAAUUGGUGAAAUGGGUUCUAAAGGUGAUGACGGUAUUCCCGGUAUUCCCGGUCUUAAAGGUCAAAAGGGCGAACGGGGCUUCAAAGGAAAUGCUGGAGCGCCAGGUGAUUCUAAGUAUGGACGACCUGGAUCUCCAGGUCGCGCUGGAGCGCCUGGUCAAAAGGGUGACCAAGGACGACCCGGUAACCCCGGACUGAAAGGAGAUAUGGGUUCAAAAGGAGAUGCGGGAGGUAAAUGCUCACAAUGUCCCGCUGGCUUUAAAGGAGAUAAGGGCAAUCACGGCUUAGAUGGUUUUCCUGGUGAACCCGGUGUGCGUGGUCCUCCUGGUGCUACUGGUGCGCCUGGAGAACGGGGUGCUGAUGGUAUUGCUGGUAAGGAUGGACCACCUGGUGUAAAGGGUGAAGAUGGCAGGGACGGUUUACCUGGUCCCGAAGGACCUGCUGGUAAAGAUGCAAUAAUCGACUUAAGUCUUGUAAAGGGUGAGAAAGGAGAAAAAGGAGAAAGAGGUUUUCCGGGACCAGCUGGAUUGAAGGGUGACCGUGGUGAGGGCGGUAUGCCUGGUAUAAGUGGUUCAAAGGGUGAAAUCGGUACCAAGGGUGAUAAGGGCUAUGCUGGACAACCUGGUACAGAUGGUACACCUGGUAAUCCCGGUCGUGACGGAAUCGAUGGUCUUCCCGGUAUAGACAUUAAGGGCGAACCAGGCCGUUCAGGUCGUGAUGGAAUUAAAGGUGACAAAGGAACUGGUGGCCGUCCUGGACAAAAGGGUGACCCAGGAACUUGUGACGCUGAUGCCUUGACAGUGCCGGCUAAAGGUAACAAAGGUGACCGAGGUGCACCCGGAAUGCCAGGUCCAAUGGGUCCAAUUGGCGAUAAAGGAGACCAGGGAGACCAAGGACAGAAAGGUGAGAGAGGUCCACAAGGCCCAGUGGGUCCUGUGGGUCCACGCGGUUUGACUGGUCCUCGCGGUGAAAAGGGUAAUCCUGGAGGUCUGGGUGCCCCCGGAAAUCCUGGUAAAGAUGGUCUUAGAGGACCCCCUGGACGAAUUGGAGAGCGAGGACAAAAAGGUGAACAAGGUAUCGCUGUGGCUGGUCCACCUGGUCCUCAAGGACGUGAUGGUCUGUCUGGCGAGAAAGGAGACCGUGGUAUUCCUGGUCCAAUUGGGCCUCGAGGUCCAGAUGGAGCGAUUGGUUAUCCUGGUGAAAAAGGUGAUGCGGGCUUGCCUGGACCGACGGGACAGACUGGACUUGUUGGUUCUAAGGGCGACACGGGACCACUUGGACCUCCUGGAUCUCCCGGACCCCCCGGAAAACCAGGUGUGGAUGGAGUUCAAGGCCGUGAUGGAGCCAAAGGAGAACCUGGAAAUCCCGGUUAUGUUGGUAUGCCUGGAAUUAAGGGCGAACGUGGAGCACCUGGUAAUGAUGGACCUAAAGGCUUUACAGGUGCUCCUGGAUCCCCAGGAAAGCGUGGUUCUCCUGGUCCAGAGGGCAUACCUGGUAUGAAGGGAGACAAAGGCGAAGUAGGUUUAUCUGGUAAUGAUGGUGCAACUGGUCCUAGAGGAGCCCCUGGAGCUCCUGGUUUAAUGGGAUCUAAAGGUGAUAUUGGUCCACAAGGACCUCCUGGAACUGAUGGUCGUCCUGGAUUCGAUGGAGAAAAAGGUUCCACAGGUGAGCCUGGUUUCGAUGGUCCUCAAGGAUUACCUGGUGAUGCGGCUGAAAAAGGACAAAAGGGAGAACCUGGCUUAUCUGGCUUGCGAGGCGAAGAAGGUCGUCCUGGUGCACCCGGAUUUCCUGGUGAGAAAGGCUUCCCCGGUAUACCCAUUCACGGGCUUCCUGGGCAGAAGGGUGAUAAAGGAGAUCGUGGUCGCGAUGGUAUCGAUGGACUUAAUGGUGAGCCUGGAGAAAAGGGCAAUGCUGGCUUCAAUGGUUUAAAUGGACAAAAAGGUGAUAAAGGUGAAAUGGGAUUAUCAGGUGCCAUAGGAGCUCCUGGUUUGGAAGGAAGGCCUGGUGAGCCUGGUGCACCUGGUCCAAUCGGCUAUACUGGCGCAAAAGGAGACAAGGGAGAUACAGGUCCCAUAGGUCUGGAAGGUCUUAAAGGUGAUAAAGGUGUUAAAGGUUAUGCUGGUCUAUCUGGAGCCACUGGUCUCAAGGGUGAAAGAGGUCUCCCAGGACAAAGUGGACGUGAUGCAAUGCCAAUUACAAUAAAAGGUGAUAAGGGUGAAAUGGGUGAAUUUGGAGUUGAAGGCUUGCAAGGUCCUAUGGGUCCCAAAGGUAAUCAAGGUUUACCCGGCUUAAAUGGUCAAAAGGGAGAACGUGGCUUAACUGGUGCAGUGGGUAUGCCUGGUUUGAAUGGUGUUCCAGGUUUAAAAGGUGAUCAAGGUCUUGUUGGUGAACCUGGUGCACCUGGACCAGCAAUCAAAGGAGAAAAGGGUCUGCCUGGAAGAUCUGGAAGAAACGGACGCGAAGGAGCUCCUGGUUUACAUGGUCAGAAGGGUGAAAAGGGUUUACCUGGUCUCGCAGGUGUACCCGGUUUAAUUGGUUUACCUGGGCCGGUGGGCCCAUCCGGUCCCAAGGGAGAUCGAGGAGUUAUGGGACUGCCCGGUCGUGAGGGUGCUGAUGGUUUACCUGGUCAAAAUGGUCAAAAAGGUGACAUGGGCUUCCCCGGUCCUAAAGGUGAAAGAGGCUUGGCUGGUUUUGAAGGACAAAAGGGAGAAAAGGGUGAACGAGGCAUGCCUGGUCCACAAGGCUUAGUAGGUCGCAAUGGAUUGAAAGGUGAUCGCGGCUACCCAGGUUUAGAUGGAACACCUGGACCAAUAGGAGCACCUGGUGAGAAAGGUUUGACUGGACCUAAGGGUCGGGAUGGGCGUGAUGGUAUACCUGGAGCACCUGGUCAAAAGGGUGAACCAGGUUUAGUACCACCACCAGGUCCUAAAGGAGAACCCGGUCACCCGGGAUAUGAUGGACAAAAAGGAGAACGAGGACCACCUGGUCCACGUGGUUUAACCGGCCUACAGGGUGAACGCGGUGAAAAAGGUGAAAUCGGUAUGACCGGUCUAAUUGGUCAAACAGGACGUCCCGGACUAAAAGGUGAUCGAGGUUUGAUUGGUCCAGCAGGACGAGAUGGAGCUCCUGGCCAACCUGGGCCACAAGGUGAAUCCGGUGCGGCAUGCACAGCAGCACAAGAUUACCUGACUGGCAUAUUACUUGUCAAACACAGUCAAUCCGAAGAGGUACCGCGUUGUCCUAGCGGCCAAAUUGAACUAUGGACCGGUUACUCAAUGUUAUAUGUCGAUGGUAACGAUUAUGCCCACAACCAAGAGCUCGGGUCUGCUGGGUCUUGUGUGCGCCGCUUCUCUACACUGCCAGUGAUGUCAUGUGGUCAAAAUAAUAUAUGCAAUUACGCUUCAAGAAACGAUAAAACCUUCUGGCUUUCAACAUCCGCACCCAUACCGAUGAUGCCCAUCAACAACAAUGAGAUCAGUAAAUACAUAUCGCGUUGCGUGGUCUGCGAGGCACCUGCGAAUGUAAUCGCUGUACAUAGCCAAUCUUUAACCAUUCCAGAUUGUCCCAACGGAUGGGAAAGCCUAUGGAUAGGCUACAGUUUUGUAAUGCACACUGCUGUGGGUAAUGGCGGCGGUGGUCAGGCAUUAGCAUCGCCCGGUUCAUGUUUGGAAGAUUUCCGCGCCACGCCGUUCAUCGAAUGUAAUGGCGCUAAGGGUCACUGCCAUUUCUACGAAACCAUGACCAGUUUUUGGUUAGUCACAGUUGAGAACAAUGAACAGUUCCAACGCCCCGCAAUGCAAACACUCAAAGCAGGCAAUUUACUGCAACGAGUAUCUAGAUGUACAGUUUGUAUAAAAAAUUCAACAUAAGCAGCAGUUCUUAAUCUUGUUUUUCCCCAAAAGCUAUAUACCAUUAUAUAAUUAAAGUAAAUUUUAUUGAGUAACUUUAUGAAACUCUACUCUCAAAAAUCGACGAAAUCAAACGAAAUAUUUUAUUAAUUCAAAAUAAUCCUAGAACCAAAAAAACAUUUUUGGUAACCAAUUGCUAUGAAUUCCUUAAAAUACCUAAUUACCCAUAUGUCGCGUACUAGAAAAUGCUCAUCUUCAGCAUGACGGUCACAUUAUAGUUUCUAGCGAUUAUAAUAUGUUGUCGAAAAGUACUUGCCCAAGUCUUAAUUAUAUUGUUUAUAUAAACAAAAAUGAACACAAAAAAUCUGCCAUUGCCACUAAACUAUGAAGUUACAAAAGUUUAAAGCUUCUUGUUUUUUAAUUGUAAUAUUAGCAUGUAAAAUAUAAGCGAAUGAAAAAAAUAAACAUAACUAAAUAUGUAAUAUGUGUAGUAGCCAUCUAAUAAACUGUAUAUUUCUAUGAAAAAAAAAACAAUAAUUAAAAGAAACACAAAUAACGAAUAUAUCAAUUAAACGAAGAUUCUAGGCAACACACAUUAUUUUAACACUAAUUACUAAAUAAAGUGGAAACUUAAAAUUCUAUAAAAUCGAUCAACUAAUUUGUAAAAAAACACUUUAACUACUUAUUACCACAGAAACGUUAAAUUUUAAUAAGGUUACCCCGCAUUAGAAAUUAUAUUAGAUUAGAAUAUAAUAACGCCCUCUUUCGAUGGAAUGCCAUCAGCUUGAUUGCCUUUAUAAUAGGUAGCUCAAGCAACCGACAUGUUUAGAAUACAAAAAUUAAAAAUAAUCGAAAUUGGUCCAUACCUUGGCCCUAUACAGCAUAUGUACCAAAUAUGAAGGUAUCUCUCUUUUAGACUGACUUUUUAUGUCAGCAAAUAUAUGAGAUAUCUCAUUAAUCCAAUUUACUGUAUCAGCAUUGGCGACAUAGGCCUUUCCGCAAGACCAAUUUGAUAUACUCGUAUAUAAUGAUUUCCCUUGGUGAGGUUGGAGUAUUGUUUCAGAUAUAUAAUGAAGAGUGGGACCGUGAUAUCUGUAAAAUAUGUAUAUUAUACGUUAUAGACUCAAUUCGUUUUAUAGUAAUAUUUUACUUCCCGUCAGCAAAAUAUAUUGUAUUUUAAAAUA